AUGGAGAAAGAGGCCCACCCUCACCACGUCAAAAUCGACGAAGCCAUCCCAUUCAACCUCUCUCUCCGAGCUGUCAAUCCCGUCGAUAUCUCGGUGCAGGAUCUGUCGCUGCGAAUCGAAACCUCCCCGCCCAUUUGGGAAACCCCACCGUCGCAACUAUGGAGCCGACUGCGCAGAAAAUCCCCGACCCGGACAUACAAGACCGUGCUGGAUGGCGUCACCGCCGCUAUGCCCCGUGGCAGUCUAACGGCCAUCAUCGGCAGCAGCGGGUCGGGUAAAACCUCGCUACUAAACCUAAUGGCCGGCCGCAUGGGGAUGGCACAGGCAGAGGUCUCCGGCGUCACGACCUUCAACGGACAUCCGGACCUCGAGCACGUCCGCUGCGCCUACCUGAUGCAAGAGGAUGUGUUGAUUCCGACCCUGACGGUGCGCGAAACCCUGCGGUACUCGGCCGACCUGCGACUCCCGCCGCCGACGACGCAGGACGAGCGUCACCAGAUCGUUGAGCAGGUGAUUCUGGAGCUGGGGUUGAAGGAGUGCGCGGACACGCGGAUCGGGACGAACAUUCAUAAGGGCUGCAGCGGGGGCGAGAAGCGACGGACUAGUAUCGGUGUGCAGAUGUUGGCGAACCCGUCGGUGCUGUUCUGCGACGAACCCACGACGGGUUUGGACGCGACCAGUGCCUACCAGAUCGUCCGCACGCUCAAGCGUCUGGCGCAGGACGGCCGCACGGUGAUCGUCUCCAUCCACUCGCCGCGCUCUGAGAUCUGGAGCCUGUUUGAUCGGGUGAUCCUGUUGGCGCGGGGGUCGGUGCUGUACAGCGGACCGGCGGGCGAGUCGGCGGCCCAUUUCGAACGCUGUGGUCACCUCUUACCUCCGUUUGUGAAUCCCGCUGAGUUUCUAAUCGAUCUGGCCGCCAUUGACAACCGCACUGAGGUAUUGGAGACGGCGUCGUACGCGCGAAUGGAGUCGCUGAAGGCUGCGUGGCGGUCGCGAAUCACUGCAGACGAGGGAAGCCGGACAACGACGACGACGAUGGAUGUGGUUGCGGACGAGGGUGCGCUGGACAACCACCCACCGGCACGAAAGGUGUCAUUCGGGCAGCAGUUCCGCGUUCUCACGUCGCGGACGUUCAAGACGACGAUCCGGGACCCCAUGGGGAUGGCCGGCAGCCUCCUGGAGGCUGUGGGAAUGGCCGUGAUCGGCGGGUGGAUCUUCCUGCAGCUGGACGAGAGCCAGGCGGGGAUCCGUUCGCGGCAAGGGAGUCUGUACACCGCGAGUAGCCUGAACGGAUACUUGAUCCUGCUGUACGAGACAUAUCGAUUGACGAUCGACAUCCGGCUGUUCGACCGCGAAAGAAACGAAGGGGUGGUGAGCGUCCCGGCGUUUUUGCUCAGCAGGCGAGCAGCACGCCUACCUCUCGAGGACCUACCGGUGCCAGUGAUCUUUGCCGUCAUCUUUUACUUCAUGGUCGGAUACCGUCUGACGGCGGCCCAGUUCUUCAUCUUCCUGGCCAUUACCAUCCUGACUCACUACAUUGCCGUGACCUUUGCUGCCGUCAGCAUCAGCAUCGCCCGAAGUUUCCCCGGAGCCAGUUUGGUGGCCAAUCUGUCGUUCACGGUGCAGUCGUUCGCCUGCGGGUACUUCGUCCAGUCGAAUCAGAUCCCCGUGUACGUGCGAUGGCUCAAAUGGGUGGCAUAUACCUUCUACAUCUUCGGGGCACUCUGCGCCAAUGAGUUCAUCGGCCCCGACGGCCCUCCUGAGGGGCAGUUCUACGCCUGCCCCUAUUCCGACGACCCAGAUGACCUGGCCUGUACGCAGUACACCGGUCGGUACAUCAUGGAGAAUCUGGGAUUUCCGUCGAACUGGAUCUGGCGACCGAUCGUGGUAUUGGUGGCCUUCGUGCUCGGCCACUAUCUUCUGGCCGCGGUCCUUCUGCAGUACAAUACCUUUGCCGUCAAUAUUGCUCAGGCUCGAGCGUCAGAUUCGGACUUGUCAGCAGGAAAAGAGAAGAUCGCCGUGAGAGAGGCGCAGGAAGCCCGUCGAGUGACCAUCUCGUUGGAAAACUACGCGAUGGACAUCCACAAGCGAGGGUUCUUGAGCCGGCCCUCACGCACCCUUUCCAUCCUCAAGCCCAUCACUGCCGAGUUCCAUCCUGACCGGCUGAAUGUCAUCAUGGGGCCCUCUGGUAGCGGGAAAACCUCGCUUCUAAACUCCAUGGCGCGACGGCUGCACGGGUCCGUGGGGACUCGGUACCAGGUACACGGUGACAUGCUGUACAACGGGGCAGCGCCGUCAGAGAGCGUAGUACGGUCCGUCACGUCGUUUGUGGCACAGGACGACGACUCCUUGAUGCCGUCGCUGACAGUGCGCGAGAGUCUCCGGUUUGCCGCCGGUCUGCGGCUGCCGCGUUGGAUGUCGCGCAGCGAGAAAUACCAACGAGCCGAGGAGAUCCUGUUGAAGAUGGGCCUGAAGGAGUGCGCCGGCACUUUGGUGGGCGGCGAACUGGUCAAGGGGAUCAGUGGCGGCGAGAAACGACGCGUCUCCAUCGCCAUUCAGAUCCUUACCGAUCCCAAGGUCCUGUUCCUGGACGAGCCCACGUCAGGCUUGGAUGCUUUCACGGCGCAAUCCAUCAUCGAGGUUCUGCAAGGCCUUGCGGCCGAAGGGCGCACGCUGGUCAUGACCAUCCACCAGGCCCGAUCCGACCUCUUCCAGCACUUCUCCAGCGUUCUCCUCCUCGCCCGGGGCGGAUAUCCCGUCUACGCCGGGGAAGGCGCCCGCAUGCUCCCCUACUUCGGCGGCAUUGGCUACACCUGUCCCAAGACCACCAAUCCCGCCGACUUCGUCCUCGACUUGAUCACCGUCGACCUGCAAGCUGCCGAUCGCGAAGCGGUCACCCGCGAGCGAGUCCAAUCGCUUAUCGACAGCUGGAUUGAUGGCGAGAAAGCCGUAGCCCUAGGUGAUGAAACGGCUCGUCGUCCGUCGCAGAUGGCCACCCCCGCCGAACUAGGCAGUCUGAAGCGGCAAAUGCUGCCGUUCCGCACGACAUAUCCGCUUGUGUUGCGACGCGCGGCGAUCAAUUUCUGGAGACAGCCGGAUCUGGUGAUGGCGAGAUCGAUGCAGAUUGUGGGAGUUUCGAUCAUCAUGGCGUUGUUCUUUGCACCGCUGAAGAAUGAUUAUAUCGCGGUGCAGUCGCGGAUGGGUUUUAUCCAGGAGUUUACGGCGUUGUAUUUUGUCGGCAUGCUCCAAAACAUCGCCAUCUACCCCUCCGAACGCGACGUCUUCUACCGCGAAGCCCAAGACAACUGCUACGGCACGACGACCUUCCUCGUACAAUACACGACCCUCGAGAUCCCAUUCGAGAUCCUCUCAUCUCUCAUCUUCGGCGUACUAGCCGCCUACGCCGACAACCUGACCCGCACGCCGCAGAUGUUCCUCAUCGUCUCGUUCAACUGCUUCUGCAUCAUCAACUGCGGCGAGUCGCUCGGCAUCAUGUUCUGCACGCUUUUCUCGCACGUCGGCUUCGCUGUCAACAUCACUUCUACGUUACUCUCCAUCGCCACCAUGCUAGGCGGCGUCAUGAGUCUCGACGUGAACAUCGUCCUGAAAGGCGUGAAUUACCUCUCGCCCGUCAAAUAUCUGGUCGCGAACCUGGCUGUGUAUGGUAUGCGGGAUCAAACGUUUCACUGUACCCCUGCGCAGUUGCUUGGAGACGGGACCUGUCCGAUCGAGAAUGGGGGCCAGGUGUUGAAACUCUACGGGCUGGAUGGUAACGGCGCGUUGAAUGUCUUGGGAUUGUGCGGUGAGGAUACACAGCUCGAAGAAUACCUCCUCAAUGCUGAGAUUGGCAACCUGUCCCGGCUGCACGUUUCGAAGUGCCGGCGCACAGCUCAGAUCUAUCUCGAAGACCUCAUUGCAACGCACAAGAAGCACGAAGUAGACGAAGUGUUGUGUGAUGAGCAGGCAAUAAAUGCCAUGUGGGCUUUCUCCAUGUACAAGUUGAGUGGUGUCAGCAAGCCAGUCAACUACAUCACCAAAUGGCGAGACCGCUCAAAGACUCUACGGGAGGAGAUGUUGGCUGUUUACUUUUUCACAUCAGAGUUCUACACUUUAGUGCGUGGGCUGGGCGUCCCUGAGCGGGCUGAAGCAGAGUUUCUCAAACUGUAUCACUUGCUGCCACCCCCUGACAUCGACCCAUUGCUGCUCCACGAUACCUUGGUAGAACGGACUAGCAUGGCCAAUGAGUCUGACCCGAAGGCAGUCAAGGAGUUCAUUGACUUCUGCAAAGCAUAUGGCCUUGCAAGGUUCCUGUCGAAGAAGAGGAAGGUUUCGAAAUAUGCACACGUCGAGGGCUACAAGUCAUCUGAAGAAGACUGGUGGAAGCAGUCACUGCUAGGGAAACUCACAAUGCCCCCACAGAAGGACAGGGGCAAGGCAUGGAUACAGGGCAAGUUCCCGUAUGAUCACUCGGGUGACUUCCACAUUUUUGACGCCAAGGAUGCAACCAGGGUUGAUUGUCGAUCUGCAAUGUACAUGAACAGAGGCAACUCCAGGGCCUUGUCCAAGGUUGACCAAAACGAGCUCCUCCAUGCCAUCUUCAGAGGCUUGUUCUAUCCAAUGGGCUCACCAUGCCGGAGUGGCGGAACAAGGUCAUGGACCAUGCCCUCGAUGACUCAGAUGAGGCCAUUGCAGCAGAGUGUCCGCGAGUACUUCUCUGAGGUUGGCCAUGCAAUACGACCCCUUGCUGCCAUGACUCCAGGAGUCUCAAUCAGAGUUGACCAAGUUACCCACAAGAAGAAGUUUCAGCGCAUGGCACAUGCCAUUUCACUCGCUGCGCUCCAUCAUGCAUUUGCGACAUCAACAGAUGUGUCAGGUUGGUCACCUCUGAUGUGCAGGUCUUUGUUCUACGCCUUCCAAGAGUAUGCUCUCCAGAUGACGACCUGCAAGUCACCAACGGCCCACUUUGCCCUCUGGGAUCGCCUGGGGGUCUUUGUUGACAGGAGAGGAGUAAAAAUGAUAGCAUCAGUCAAAACAGGCAACAUUCAAGGCGGGCUCACCUUCGAUGUUAAAACCGUUGACAUCAUGAGCCUCCAAAACCGACGUCUUGCAUACCGCGCAAUCAAUCCUCGCGGGGAGGUUCCCACCCUCCAACUCGACAACGGCACCGUCCUCACCGAAAUCACCGCUAUCAGCGAGUACCUCGAUGAGAUCGCCCAAGGAGGCAUGUCUCUCUUUGGCGACACCCCCAAACAGCGUGCCGAGACUUGCAUGUGGCUCCGAAGAAUGGAUCUGGAGAUCUGUCAACCCGUCAUCGCGUGGUUCAGGAACGAUCCCGCCACUAUGGAUUUCUACGAAGGCAAUCAACUUCCAACCCCGGAGGCGAGGGUGAAUCAGAAUCAAAAUGUUUUGCUCCUUGGAGCUACGGGUGAAACUGGGGGCUCUAUCCUGAACGGGCUGCAAGAAUCUGGCAACUUUGACGUGGAGGUGUUAGUCCGGCCCGCCUCUGCGAACAAACCAUCGGUACAAAAGCUCCGAGAACAGGGUAUCAAAAUUUGGUCCCUCGAGCUUGAUGACUUCAAUGAGCUUGUAUCUGCCCUAACUGGGGUUGACAUUCUCAUCAGCGCUAUUGGACCCCACGACCUACUCCAGCAGAAGAAGCUCCUCCAAACCGCGAAGCAUGCAGGUGUCAAACGAAUCGUCCCGUGCGCUUUCAUCACGGUCGCUCCCCCACAGGGCGCUAUGCUGCUUCGUGAUGAGAAAGAAGAAAUCUACAAUGCCAUCAAGUUCUUGGGGAUUCCUUAUACCGUGAUUGAUGUUGGAUAUUGGUAUCAGAUAUCAUAUCCGACUCUCCCGUCUGGCAAAGUGGAUUAUGCCCAGAUCGUUCCGGUGACGGCUAUUCAUGGGGAUGGGACAGCCCCGAACAUUCUGACUGACGUACGUGAUGUCGGGCGUUUUGUCGCACGUAUCGUACUCGACGAUCGGACUCUGAACAGAUAUGUUUACACGUCCGGGGAUGUCCUUUCCGAGAACGAAAUCUUUCAUAUCGGGGAAGAAAUGUCUGGCGAGAAGCUGAAACCAACUCGGAUCCCGAGUAAAGAUAUCGAAAUUAGUGUCGAGCAAGCCAAAGCCGCUUUAGCUCAGGAUCCCCAUGAUCCCAUGAAGCGCAUCGGCCUUUAUGUGGCCCAGUACCAACAUAGCAAGUACGUGCGUCAGGACAACAGUCCUGAAUAUGCCAACUAUCUAGGAUAUCUCAACGCUAGAGAGCUCUAUCCGGACUUCAAACCAAUAAACUUCCGUGAUUUCUUCGCGGAGGUACUAGCUGGGAAGGGGAGUAAAGUGUAUUCAUAG